AUGGCCACGCCGGGUUGGUGGCGGGAAACAGGCCUCGGAGCCGGCAUUGUCUUGAUGUGCAACCUGGUGGAAAUAAUGCAGUACUUCCAAAAGUACCGUGGCAUUGCUUCCGGUCUGAAGUUUGCCGCUGACCCCACGAGCGCCAUUGUUUUCCCGGCGUUGCUGUCCUACUUGAGAGCAACGUAUGGCCUCCGCGGUGCAUUGCUGAUAUACGCAGCCCUUAGUAUGCACGUUACGGCGUUCUCCAUUGUCCUGAAGGAGCCCCCUUGGUUAAAGCGCGACGGCAUAGAAGCACUGGUAUCCAGACGUCCAGUGAGAGAGACGCAGCCCAUUCAAAGCAGCAAAGCCAUGAAGAUUCGUGAUAUUCUUGGAAAAAUGCCCCAACCGCUACUGAAGCCCAGUUUCUAUGCUGUUGUGAUGGGAUCCGUGUUGUUGGACUACGUCAACGCGGUGCACCUGUCAACAUUAGUCGACUAUGCCCUGGAUAGCGGUGUAUCUCGAGCUCACGCUGAGCUUACGGUCACGUAUGCUUCAGCGCCUGAGAUCCUUGGAAGAGUCCUACUGCCGCUAGUUGCCGAUGUCGGUCUAGUAAGCCGAACUACCUUGACGACCGGUAACGCGCUCGUCUUAGGCUUCUUGCUUCUCUUGACGCCAGAGACCCGCAGCGGGACACACGUGGUUGUGCGAGCUGCGUCUUCGGUCGCUCUGGCUACAUUAAUGACCAUGAAACAUGUGCUGGUGGCCGACUAUUACGGCACGGAUGCCGUAGCUCUCCUGUCCGGGGCUUCUGGGGUCCUUCUGGUCCCCGUGCUGCUCAGCAACCCAUCCAUCAUAGGUGAGAAGAAGAAAGAAGACUUCACCAAGAAGUUUACGGCCGCUUUUAAUCCCUCCUGGAAACUGAAACCCAAAUUCCAAGCAGAUGCCGAAGCAGUGAAUGCUCCUGCAACCAUACAGGAUUUCCAAAACAACCUGUAUUUCUUUCCGCUGGGAGAUGCCGACUAUGCUACGCAGGACGACAAAGAAGCACACUCGGCCAUGUUAACGCCUCUGGUUCGUUACCAGUGGGAAAUGCCCAGCACCCUCUUUCCUGACGUCAACACUGGGCUCAAUUAG